CGCAAAACCCACUUCACAAACGUCACUCCCAGUUCUUCAAAAUUCUCACAAAUCAUGCUUUCAAAUCACGAUUUUGGCUUGAAUCUAAGCUUGAGCUUCCCUCACUCCGCUUUCAGUGCCAACAAAUCUUCAGAUCGGUGUUCUGAAGGAUGCAGAGGUGAAGCUCGGUCGACUCUAGGGGGAAUCGACGUGAAUCGAUUGCCGUCAGAGGUCGAUUGUGAAGAGGAGGCGGGGAUUUCGUCUCCGAACAGCACAAUCUCGAGCGUGAGCGGUAAGCGAAGCGAGAGAGAUCAGGCAAACAGUAGCGAAGAGAACGAUACGGACAGAGCUUAUUCUCGAGGAAUCAGCGAUGAAGAAGACAACGAAACUUCCAGAAAGAAGCUCAGGCUGUCCAAAGAUCAGUCGGCGAUUCUCGAAGAAAGCUUCAAAGAGCACAGUACUCUCAAUCCCAAGCAAAAGUUGGCACUGGCGAAGCAGCUAGGUCUUAGACCUCGACAAGUGGAGGUCUGGUUCCAGAACAGAAGAGCAAGGACGAAGCUGAAGCAAACGGAGGUGGACUGUGAGUUCUUGAAGAGGUGUUGUGAGAAUCUGACGGAGGAGAACAGGCGGUUGCAGAAGGAGGUGCAGGAGUUGAGAGCACUGAAACUUUCCCCACAACUGUACAUGCAAAUGACCCCACCCACUACUCUCACGAUGUGCCCAUCUUGUGAGAGGUUUGGUGGCAGGCCCAUUUCUGUCGGCCCAUGGACCGUUCCGCAGCCCAACUCACAUCUUGCUCGUCCUAGGUCGUGAACUUGAUCAUGUCGGGGGCAGUUUGGUCAUUAGGGGAAAGAUAGAAGAAAUAGGGGGACUGUUGUAUUAUAUACAUGGGUUAGCUGAGGGGGAAGUGGGCCUUGUGGAUGUUUUGUACCAAUUUUACCCUUCACCUUUUGUUUUUUUUCUUGCGCCAUCAGGUAUGGCGUUUGGUUAUAUAAUGCUCACGUCCCCCAUGUAGAGUCCGAGGACAAAAAAAUUAUGUGUAAUGUUUGAUGUUCAAUAGUUAAAAGCUAUAGAUAUAAUUUUGUUACUUUA